GCAACCCUACAGAUCGUUCUGUUUGGAUUCUCUGACAUCUCUGCAGCAUGUCGACUCCGCAGCUGAUGCAAGGAAUGCAGAAGGACCUCACGUGUCCGCUGUGUCUGGAGUUGUUCCGAGCCCCUGUCACACCUGAGUGUGGGCACACCUUCUGCCAAGGCUGCUUGACUGGGGCCCCCAAGAACCAAGACCAAAAUGGAUCAACGCCUUGCCCAACUUGCCAGACCCCCUCCCGCCCCGAGACCCUUCAGAUCAACCGUCAGCUGGAACACCUUGUCCAAAGCUUCAAGCAGGUCCCAAAAGGCCACUGUCUGGAGCACCUGGACCCCCUGAGUGUCUACUGUGAGCAAGACAAGGAGCUUAUCUGUGGGGUGUGCGCCUCGCUCAGCAAGCACAAGGGGCACAAUAUCAUCACAGCCGCUGAGGCCUACGCCAAGCUGAAGAGGCAGCUGCCCCAGCAACAAGUUAUCCUGCAGGAGGCGCGACUAAAGAAAGAGAAGACGGUGGCUGUGUUAGACAGACAGGUGGCUGAAGUACAGGACACAGUGUCUCGCUUUAAGGGCAAUGUGAAGCAUCAGCUCAAUGCCAUGCGUUCCUACCUGAGCAUAAUGGAAGCCUCGCUGAGCAAGGAAGCCGACAAUGCCGAACGUACGGCCACAGAGGCUCUGCUUGUAGAAAGGAAGACUAUGGGGCAUUACCUGGAUCAGCUCCGGCAGAUGGAUGGAGUUCUGAAGGAUGUGGAAAGCCAGGAGCAAACUGAAUUUCUCAGGAAAUACUGUGUGGUGGCAGCAAGGCUGAACAAGAUUUUAGCCGAGUCCCCUCCUCCUGGUCGCCUGGACAUCCAGCUUCCCAUCAUCUCUGAUGAGUUUAAAUUCCAAGUAUGGAGGAAGAUGUUUAGAGCCCUGAUGCCAGCACUGGAGAACCUGACAUUUGACCCGGACACAGCCCAACAGAACUUGGUGGUUUUCUCAGAUGGCAAAUCCGUCGAGUGCUCGGAGCAAAAGCAAUCUGUGUCCGACGAACCCAACAGGUUCGACAAAAGCAACUGCCUGGUGAGCAAAGAGAGCUUCACAGAAGGGGAGCACUACUGGGAGGUUCUAGUAGAGGACAAGCCACGUUGGGCCUUGGGUAUCAUCUCCGAGACUGCCAACCGUAAGGGCAAGCUUCACGCCAGCCCUUCCAAUGGCUUCUGGCUCAUCGGCUGUAAGGAAGGGAAAGUAUACGAGGCCCAUACAGAACAGAAGGAGCCACGUGUCCUACGUGUAGAGGGCCGCCCAGAAAAGAUAGGCAUCUACCUCAGCUUCUCCGACGGGGUGGUGUCCUUCUUUGAUUCAAGCGACGAGGACAACAUCAAGCUCCUCUAUACCUUCAAUGAGCGUUUCUCUGGUCGGCUCCACCCCUUCUUCGACGUCUGCUGGCACGAUAAAGGAAAGAAUGCCCAGCCCCUGAAGAUCUUCUACCCCCCAGCUGAACAGCUAUAAAUGGCAGCACCGAUGGGGUUUGUCUGUGAGGAAGGGGUAGGUAGUGGGGCAACAACGAACAUGUUCCGGUAUAAACCAGCACAGACUUCUAGCAAUAAAAUCCAUGAACUCUAUUCUCAUCCAACUAAAGGAGACCCACGGAGAGACUUAAUACACAGAGGUGCCACCAUAGUCCCCAAAUCUCUGUAUGAGAGGGAGGGGACUGAUACCAACAGUAGUUUGCCUUCCUGCCCCCAAUAUCCCACACUGUUUGUGUUCAGCACAAAUAAACCAACCAUAAUAAAGCAAUAAA